GGCAGCCCACUAGCAACAGGGCAGGCAGCGAGCGCGGCGGGGCUGGGCCGGGGGACGGGCUCCGGGAGCACCGAGCCGUGCCGUGCAGCACCGUGCCGCGAGAUUGUUAGAGCCGCCGCCGCCGCCGUCCCGUUCGAAACCUGGAUUGCAGGAGCCCUUCACCAUGCCCGGCAGACUGUAGUUGCUUCAUGGAGCAAGCCAAUUUCUACGAGGUCGAUUCCCGGCCCCCGAUGAGCAGCGGCCAGCACCACCAGCUCCAGACUCCCCUGCCCGGCAGCACCUACAGCUACAGAGAGGCUCCCUCGGCGGCGGCACCUGCUGCGGGCGGCGCGGAGCUCGGCGACAUCUGCGAGAACGAGAACUCCAUCGACAUCAGCGCCUACAUCGACCCAGCCGCCUUCAACGACGAGUUCCUGGCCGACCUCUUCCAGCACAGCAAGCAGCAGGAGAAAGCCAAGGCCAUCCUGGCCGGGGAUUUCGACUUCCACACCAUGCACGGGGCGGGAGCCGCCGCCUCGGCGCCGGGGCACCAGCCGCAGCACCACCAGCAGCCGCUCUUCGGCUGCGUGGCCGGCUACAUGGACGGCAAGCUGGACCCCCUCUACGAGCGCAUCGCCGCGCCGGGCUUGCGGCCGCUGGUGAUCAAGCAGGAGCCCCGCGAGGAGGAGGAGGUGAAGUCGGCGGCCCUGUCGGCCCUCUAUCCCCAUCACGCCCCGCAGCAGCACCCGUCCCACCUCCAGUACCAGAUCGCCCACUGCGCCCAGACCACCAUGCACCUCCAGCCCGGGCAGCCCACGCCGCCCCCCACGCCCGUGCCCAGCCCGCACCACCCGCACCACCCGCACCCUCCCGGCGGCCUGCCCGCCGCGGGCACCCUCAAGAUGAUGCCCUCGGACCACCGGAGCAAAUCCAAAAAGACAGUGGACAAGAACAGCAACGAGUACCGGGUGCGCCGGGAGCGCAACAACAUCGCGGUGCGCAAGAGCCGGGACAAGGCCAAGCAGCGCAACGUAGAGACGCAGCAGAAGGUGCUGGAGCUCACCACCGACAACGAGCGGCUGCGCAAGCGGGUGGAGCAGCUCACCCGCGAGCUGGAGACUCUGCGGGGCAUCUUCAGGCAGCUGCCCGAGAGCUCGCUGGUGAAGGCCAUGGGCAGCUGCGCCUAGCGCCGCUCGGGACCGGCCGGGCUGCCCUGCCCGCACAGAUACUCUGUACCGGCGAGCGCGGUGUGCCGGGGGGAGGGACUGGGGGGUUGUUUUGGUUUUGUUUCGUUUCGUUUGUUUUUUAUCAAUCCACGACCUAUACAAGAAGCCAGGCAGCUCUAGUAUUAAAAGGUUUGUGCCUUAGAGAUGACACACGAGUAAGCUGAAAACAUGGUGGGUUUUCUAAGGAGAAAGGCAAGGGGAAGAAAGAAUUAAAAGACCACGUGUCUACACAGGGUAAAUAACAGUAAUAAUAAUAAUAAUGAUAAUAAUAAUAACAACAGUAAUAAAGCACACAUAGCAACCCAGAUGUGCCUUAAAAGCUGGCUGCAGGAGCUCUGGGGCUUACUAUGCCCUCCAGCCUUGCAGGGUGCGAGGAGAGGGAGUGAGGGACGUGCAAGCUUGAGGGCUGGGGUGUCCUGCCAGACCCCUUCAGCUGGCCUGCAGCGCAGCAGGCAGGAGCGGCUCGGCGAAAUCAGCAGCGAGAAGAGGACUUGAGGCUGAGAGAUGUGCAGCACUGGUCGCCCUUUAGGAGCACUGAGGUGUGGGGCAGCCUCCAGACUGCUGCCAGGACUGUCGCAGCCUGGCUGGGCUGCCGCUGCCGAGCCCUGGCCCCUGCCUUGGCUGGGAGAGGGGCAAGGGGCCAGAACGGCUGCAGGACCGAUGGACAGCCUGGACUGAUGGAACAGCAGCUUGCAAGAGUGUGGUGAGCUCUCUCCUUUGAAAGAAAGAGCAGCAGUGUCUUGUACUGUAUGUCACGACGUGGCGAAGCACAAAUGAAUAAAUACCUAUUGAUGCGGGUAUUUACUAUGAA